CGACGUCCGUUUCCCUCCGGCUGCUGCAGUGCCGGGCCCCCGGGAGCGGGCACGGCGUGCUGGUGUCCCGCUCCCGAAACCGGUCCCACAAGGCAGAGGAGCCUGGCUGGGUAGGAUCGCCGUAGGACUGGGACUUCUUUAAAAGGGCAUUUCUGUUGCAAGUGGGGAUUUUAGCUGCUGGUUUUAUUGCACGCUCUGCUGACCAGGCAACAGAAACCUCAUUAGAGUCACAUUUUUACAUAUCCGUUUCAUUUACGCUGUAGAGAAUAUGACCAAGUGUAUUCUACAGAGCAGGACAUACAGUAAGACUAUUCACAAUGUGAAUGUUCCACAGAGUAUUUGAUAUUUAGAGAUCUUCAGGAAAAAUACGUUAAGAAUCUUGUUUGGAACACAGCAAGACUUGUAAUGCUGGAACUCGGUCAGGCCUUGCAAGUGCCUCCGCUCGGUUUCCCAGGCCACAGCUGAGUGUCAGCGCCAGCGUCUGCAGCACCGGGGCGGCAGUUCUGUAUUCUUUACAUUGAAGAGUAACUGAAAAACAGAUGACUUCUGAAAUCGCUGCACGUUUUUCAUGAACUGGUACACAAGAUCCAUUCUUGAUGAAGUUCUAAGAGCCCUGUUUUACAAAACUAACUCAAGUUCACGUUAGUGUUUUCAGAGGAAGGAAAAAGAAUGUCACAAAAGCACCUGAAAGAAGCCUUUAUCAGUAACUUAAAUGGAACUAGUUUGCUGGAAAUUUCACUAGGCUUGUCUCUACCUCCGCUCUGCCUGCUUUGCAGAGGACUCCUCUUGAUUUUAUAUCACCUGCGCUAUGGGAAACCUUUAAGUUCAAGGAAAUACGGCCUGCUGCUAGACUUCCUCGUGCUAGUAUCUCCUCUCCUGUUCUCCUGUACAGUCUUGUCUCCGAUCAUGUUUUUCAUGCCAACUAUCACUGCAGCCUUCUGUGCCGGAAUAUUUUCUAAAAUAUACAGCCAAAGAAAACAUGAGACCAGAGUGCCUUUUAGGCAAAUCGUAAAAGACUUCCAGAAGGCGUGCUUGGAUCCAGAACACAUUCCAGCAAUAACUGUGUUUCGCGUUUAUGUCAAUGUGUUGACAUCAAUCGGCAUUUUAGCAGUGGAUUUCCCGCAAUAUCCAAGGCGAUACGCCAAAGCCGAGACCUAUGGAACAGGAGUUAUGGAUUUGGGGGUUGGAGCUUUUAUUUUUGGUAAUGCUCUCGUCUGUCCUGAAGUUAGACAAAAGUCUUGCGUGACACAACCAAAAUUUUCCAAUCUGGCCAGACAGUUCUUUUCCAUUUGGCCGUUGAUUUUUCUUGGCUUUGGACGACUGCUUAGUGUUAAAUCUAUAGAGUAUCAUGAACAUACUUCAGAGUAUGGAGUGCACUGGAAUUUUUUCUUUACCUUAGCAUUCGUGAGGCUUGCAGCAUCUCUACUUUUAGCCAUAUUUCCAAAAAAUAAAUCUUGGAUUGUUGCUAUAAAUCUUGCUGUACUUUAUCAGCUUACCCUUAACGCUACCUCUCUGAAGAUGUUUAUCCUGCAUGGGAGCGACGGCAGAGAUACUAGGGUUGGCUUUUUAAAUGCCAACAGGGAAGGACUGCUCUCUCUCUUUGGAUAUCUAGCCAUAUAUAUGGCGAGCGUCCAAGUGGGACUCUGGCUGCUGAAGUGCAGAAACUCAGUGAAAGGCUGGAUUGAAGCGGCGCGUUUCUUGCUGCUGACAGUCCUCCUGCUCUUCGUGUUCCUUCACGUGUCGCAAGCGUAUGCGGACCCUGUGUCCCGCCGGAUGGCUAAUCUAUCCUACUGCGUAUGGGUGGUUGCUCACUGUCUGACUUUCUUUAUCUGUUUUGUAGUGACUGAUCUCGCGUUGGUGUUCACAAAGCUUCUUGUGAAGGGGUCCAGUGUGCCCUGUUGCUGGAACGUUGAAAAGCCCCCUGAUACCGGUACGAAGCGUGAAACGGAGACCGUGCCCGUCAGAACGGAAGGCAAGCUGUUGCACAUUUGCCUGAUUAGCGCUAUUAAUAAAAAUCAAUUACUAUUUUUCUUGCUAGCAAAUGUUAUGACUGGUACUGUGAAUAUACUGAUAGAUACAAUCCACAGCAAGACUGCAUUUACGUUAUGUAUACUACACUUGUAUAUGUUUUUUAACUGUUUAAUUAUGUAUAUAUUGCAUGCCAAAAAUAUAGCAUUAAAGUUUUGGUGAUUCCACUCUGUCUUAAGUAGAAUAGUUGAACUUUGUUUGCUGUAGUUGAAUGAUGGU